AUGACGGAUAUACUUAGAUCUAACAAAUUCUUGGUGGAUUCUCUUCUAUCUCAGAUAACUCCUGAGUUGAUCGAAGUUCGAUCACGCCACCUCUGUAAGUCUUCAAACUCUGGAAUUGGUGAUGGUAGUUCAUCAAGAAUUUCUUGGGCGGAUGAUCUUGAAUUGGAGAAUGAAUCAAUAUUAAAUCUCUCAUCAAAACAUCGUUCUAAUAUUUCUAAUAAGAACUUUGAUUCUGUUUCUUCAAUUAUUCCGGAUGUUGUUUUGAUUCUGGAAUCAAGUACUGUUCCAUUGGCUCCGGCGGGAAAUUCCUCUAAUAUGGUAAAAUCUGUUGAGAAUUUAGUUAAAAAUAACUCAAAUACUAGAUUUCUUGAUAGUAAUAAGUUUGAUUUUCCUCCUCUUGAUUCUUCAAAAGAUGUGCCUCUUCCAGAUCCUGUUAUCAACACGAAGAAAACUUGGGUGAGUUUAUUCACUGAUAACAGGAAACCUGGUAGUGGAUUUAGUUUGAACUAUGUAAAACCUGAUGUAGCAAAUUCAGUAACAUUUGAUGAGGAUGAAUGGAAUGAAGGAAGCACUAUAUGGAAAUUGUUUGUGGGAAAAUUUGCAUUGGUCAUGAAACAAAAUUUUGCAGGAGGAAGGCUGGAAUACAGAGAUGGAUUCCUAAAAAAACUUCCUAAAAAAACUGUGAAGCUUGUUAAUACAGGAGCAACUGGCAUGUCAAUUCUGAAUGCUGAUACCACUGAUGUGCAUGUUGUGCACAUUCAGGAGGAUGUGGCCCAGUCUAAGAAGAAUGAAGCUAUAACACAUAAUGAUAUAGUUCAGCAAUUUGUGAAAGAUGAUGCAAAUAUAUUCCUGAAAAACAAUUCAGUACUCCACUCUCAAUCAAAAGGAAAGGAAAUAUUGCAGGUUAUUAAAAAAUCAGAUCAGCAUGCUACUUGUUUAGUCAAGUCCUUAGAUGGUAGGUUAGACUGUGUUAUCUCUACCAUUUAUGGUUUCAACCAAAUGGAAGCUAGAAAAGAGUUAUGGUCUGAUCUUAAUAGCAUUCUUCAAAACAUUGGUAAUAUACCAUGGCUCCUAUGUGGGAAUUUUAAUACCAUGAUAAGUAAUAAAAAGAAAUUGGGAGGUACAAAUCUUACUGAGGCUGACACUAGAGAAUUUAGAAAGUCGAUUGAAGAUUGCUCUCUUAAUCACUUGAAAACACAAGGAUGUUUUUACACCUGGAAUAAUAAGCAAGAUGCAAGCACUAGGGUCUGGAGUAGACUUGAUAAAGCACCGGUAAAUGAUGCAUGGAUCAAUAUGUUCAACUCCAGCCAUGUGGAAUUUUUGCUUCCAAGUUUCUCAGACCAUUCACCAACAAUAGUAUUGGUUUAUGAUGAUCAGAUACAAGGAAAAAAGCCAUUCAAAUUCUUUAAAAUGUGGACCAAGCAUGAUAGGUUUCUUCCCACGGUAUCCAAUAUUUGGGAAUCUAAAAUCCAGGGAUUCAUAAUGUUUUUAGUUUAUACAAAACUUAAAUUGUUGAGGGGUGCAUUGAAGGAUCUUAACAAGAAGCAUUUCAAAAAUAUCAGUGGGCAAGUACAAAGAGCCAUAAUUGCUUUAGAAGAUGCACAGAGAACUCUACAAUCUAAUCCCCUCAAUCCUGCACUUAUUAGCCAUGAGAAAGAGUGCUUUUCUAUCUACAACAACCUUCUAGACUAUGAACUAUCUUUCUAUAAGCAAAAAGCUAGAAUAUCUUGGAGUGUGCACGGAGAUAGAUGUACCAGUUUUUUCAUGCAAUUGCUAAAUCAAACAGGCAUGAUAACAGAGUGGUGGUUCUCUACAAUAAUGAGGGGAAUAGGAUUACUAAUGGUGAUGAAAUUGUUAGAGUUAGUGUCCUUUUACAAAAACCUGAUAGGCACGGCAGUUUACUCUUCCCCGCCCGACAUAAACAUCAUAAAAUCAGGCUCUUGUCUAAAUGACUCUCAAAUUAGGGAGCUCUCUAUUCCAGUGACUAAGGAUGAAACUAAGGCAGCAGUAUUCUCCAUGGCUGAUGAUAAAGCACCAGGGCCUGAUAGCUAUAGUGCUUCUUUUUUCAAAACUGCAUGA